UCGCGCGGCUUCGCGAUCGAGCUCGGCGCAGCGCUCGUCAUCAUCGUCGGCUCCCGCAUGGGGUGGCCCCUCUCGGCCACACACUGCCAGGUCGGCGCGACGACGGGCGUCGCCCUGCUCGAGGGGACCAGAGGCGUCAACACGGCAGUGCUCGUCAAGACGGCCGUCGGCUGGGUCGUCACUCUGGUCGUCGUCGGCUGCACCACCGCGGCGCUCGCCGCGUGGGGACUCUACGCACCCGCGCUGAUGCGCGCCGCGUGA